ACAUAAAAUUAACAUUCGACUGAGAUUCAAUUACGAUUGAAGUGUUGCAUUCCGCUAUUUUCCUUUUAAAAUAAACGUUUUUAUCCUUUUCUGUCAUUUAAAAAUGAAUCAUUUUGUCUGCAAAUGAUGUACAAUUGCAAUAUGAUUGUAGAGCAAACUACGGUAUAGACCAAAAUCACCAAAAUGGCAUACCAAUCGAAUGUCGUUGGAAUUCGAUUGGUCUUUAGAUUAGUAGCAGGAUGCCCGAUAUGGUAAAAAUUGCAAUUUUAUUGCGAUUCAAUUUUGCCAUUUUUAACUUAGGAGAAUCGGGCCCCAGGUACUCUCCCCUCCCUAUUCGUUCAUUGUCAUCGUCCGGAGAGAUGUCCACCAACUUCCUUCGGCUGCAUUGUAAGUUUCUAAAAACCACAAAGCGAUUUUGGUCUGACCGGGAAUCGAACCCUUAUGCACAGCAUAGCAGUUUUGCUGGUGAAACCAGCAAAAUAUAUACUGCUGGUCUAAACGACCAAGGUCCAGUGGCUACUUCAAGAUAAAACUUGUCAAGAGGAGGCGGGUGCUUCAAUCGCUUGAUAUCUAUGACGUCAACUGACGUCAAAUGUCAUGUCCAUUUUUGUUGUAAAACACUUUUAGCCAUUAGCUAAUUUAAUAGUGUACCAUCUAUGCUUUCCUUUUUACUAGUCAGUGCCGAUCAUUGACAUAUAUUAAAUAUCGUACUACAUAUGUAUAUCGAUGGUGCCGAUCGGUUUACUUUGUACGAAGUUUUUAUACAUCCAUGCUUUUGCGUUUAAUCAAUCACGCGCGUUGACUUUUGUAGUAGACUUGAUUAUUUCCGGGAUCCAGAUUUUUUUGGCACUUCCUCUUAGUUUUGCUUGAUUUGGAACGCAUUGUUAUCUUUCGUUCAAAAUUUGAAGGUCGUUUUGAGGAGACUACUGUCAAAACAAUUUGAUAAGUUAAUCGCUAAAUUAAUUAAUUUAGCUGUGUAGUUAAGUAAAAUGUGAUUUAUUAUUAUUAUCAUAAAAUAUAGCUAUUCCUAAUUGUAUGUAAAAUCACAAGAAAUAAUAAAUAAUAUCGAAAACGAGUGGACCGGGUUUUAUCAUUAUAUUAAAACAACAGUAAGAAAGUACCUAACUGCUUAGAGGCAGAUGGCGAUCGAACGCUGUGGCGGCGCGGCCGAGCGGCCCGCCAGCCGCUCGGGCAGCCCGGGGCGCGGCGGCAGCCCGGGGCGCGGCGGCAGCCCGGGCCGCGGCGGCAGCCCGGGCCCCGGCGCCGCGGCGCCCACGCGCGUGCUCACGCUGGAGCACGGCGAGCACCACGACUCCACGCUGUAUCGAUUUGAAAAAGGCUGCUAUUUACAAUUCUGCCCCGGGCCUUCUUUACUGGGUCGAAAAGUAUUUCUCUAUACCAAUUAUGUGAUGUCCGAUAAUCAAGAGGAUAAGUGCGGCGAGCAGGCGGAGUUCAUCCGCAACCAGUACUACGGGCUGGAGUGGCACAGCGCCGGCGACGACGAGCCGGGCGCCGCGCCGGGCGCCGCGCUGGGCGCCGGCCUGCUCGUCACCGACACCGACGUGUGCUGCCGCCUGCGCCUCGCGCGCGCCGGCUCCUUCCACUACUACUUCGUGUACGACAGCGCCGAGUCGGCCGUGGGGCCGCAGGGCUCGGGCUGGUUCCACGUGGCGCCCACCCUGCGCGUGGGCGCGGGCGGGCGCGAGCGCGUGCCGCUGGACGGCGUCAUGUGCCAGACCGUGCUCAGCAAGUGCCUGGGCCCGCUGCCGCGCUGGGAGUCCGUGCUGCGCGUGGCGCACGAGUGCGGCUACAACAUGCUGCACUUCACGCCCGUGCAGGAGCUCGGCGCCUCGCACUCCAGCUACAGCAUCGCCGACCAGCUGCGCCUCAACCCGCAGUUCGGCGCCGAGCCGGGCCGCGAGGCCAGCUUCGCCGACGUCGAGAACCUCGUCUCCAAGAUGCGCUCCGAGUGGAAGAUGCUGUCCAUCUGCGACAUCGUGCUGAACCACACGGCCAACGAGACGGCGUGGCUGGCGGCGCACCCGGAGGCCACGUACAACUGCAGCAACUGCCCGCACCUGCGGCCGGCGGCGCUGCUGGACGCGCUGCUGGCGCGCGUGUCGGCGGGCGUGGCGCGCGGCGAGCACGAGGCGCGCGGCGUGGCGCGGCGCGUGGAGCGCGCGGAGCAGCUGGAGGCGCUGCGGGCGCUGCUGCUGGCGGCGCUGCCGGAGCUGCGGCUGCACGAGCUGUUCGCGUGCGACGUGGCGGCGCUGCUGCGCGACUUCUGCUGCCUGGCGCGCAACAAGGUGCCGGCGCCCGCGCCCGCCGCGCCGCCCGCCGCGCUGCGCCUGCUGCCCGACCCGCAGUGCCGCCGCCUGCGCGCCACCGUCGACAUGGACCUGGCGCUGCAGCUCUACAACGUCUACAGAGCGGAGUGCUACGACGAGGAGUCGCGCCUGAAGAAAUGUUGCGAGGAAAUGAAGCGCAAGCUCGAGCAGCUCAACGAGGCCGCCGCCGACACCCUCAGCGAGCACCUCCGCGCCGCCGUCGACAACGUCAUCGCGGGCGUGAGGUACGAGCGCCUGGAGGCCGACGGGCCGCGCGUGCAGGAGGUGUCGGCGCGGCACCCGCUGGCGCCGCGCUACUUCACGUGGGCCUGCGCCGUGGACAGCUGCUCGGCCGCCGAGGUGGAGGCGGCGCUGUACUCGGACGCGGGCUGGCACUGCAUGGCGCACAACGGCUGGGUCAUGGACGCCGACCCGCUGCAGGACUUCGCGGCGCGGGCCGCCGGCGCCCGCGUGUACCUGCGCCGCGAGCUCAUCGCCUGGGGCGACAGCGUCAAGCUGCGCUACGGCGACAAGCCCGACGACAGCCCCUUCCUGUGGCGCCACAUGCGCGAGUACGUCGAGCUCACGGCCGAGCUGUUCGACGGCGUGCGCCUCGACAACUGCCACUCCACUCCGCUGCACGUGGCGGAGUACAUGCUGGACUGCGCGCGGAACGUCAAGCCGGACCUGUACGUGGUGGCCGAGCUGUUCACCAACUCCGACCACGUGGACAACAUCUUCGUCAACCGGCUCGGCAUCACUUCGCUCAUACGAGAGGCGCAGAGCGCGUGGGACUCGCACGAGCAGGGCCGGCUGCUGCACCGCUUCGGCGGGCGGCCCGUGGGCGCCUUCCUGCGCGGCCCGGUGCGGCCCGCGCGGCCCCGCGUGGCGCACGCGCUGCUGCUGGACCUCACGCACGACAACCCCAGCCCGCUGCUGCGCCGCUCCGCCUUCGACGUGCUGCCCUCCGCCGCGCUCGUGGCCAUGGCGUGCAGCGCCACCGGCUCCACGCGCGGCCUGGACGAGCUGGUGCCGCACGCCGUGCACGUGGUGGACGAGGCGCGCCUGUACGCGGCGUGGGGCGCGGGCGACGAGGAGCCGCGCGUGGGGCGCGGCACGGCGCUGGUGGCGGCGCGGCGCGCGCUCAACGAGCUGCACGCGGAGCUGGCGGCGCGCGGCUACUGCGAGCUGUACGUGGACCAGCUGGACGGCGACGUGGUGGCGGUGACGCGGCACGAGCCGCGCGAGCGUCGCUCGGUGGUGCUGGUGGCGUUCACGGCGUUCCGCGCGCCCGAGCCGGCCGCCGCGCCGCGCCAGCUCAAGCCGCUGCGCUUCGAGGGGCAGCUGGACGAGAUCGCGCUGGAGGCCUGGCUGCGCCACAAGGAUUACGAAUCAGAGGGCGGUGCGCUGCGGCCGCCCGGCGAGUUCACCCCGCACCCGCGCAUCAUCACCGGCCUCAGCGACUACGAGCUGUGUCUGCGCCGCGCCGUGCCGCUCGAGCAGUCGCAGCUCGUGGCCGCCGUGCGCCAGGACGGCGCCGCCACCGAGCUCAGCUUCCGCCCGCUGCUGCCCGGCUCCGUGCUGGUGCUGCGCGUCAGCCCGCGGCCCCCGCAGCGCGAGGCGCUGGCGGCGCUGGCCCGCACGCUGGAGCGGCCCGACGCGCUGGGCCUGGCGCCGGCGCUGGCCGAGCUCGAGCUGGCCGACUUCAACGCGCUGCUGUACCGCUGCGACGCCGAGGAGCGCGAGGCGGGCGGCGGCGGCGUGUACGACGUGCCCGGCCACGGCCCGCUGCCCUACGCCGGCCUGGCGGGCGUCGCCGCGCUGCUGGCCGAGCUGGCGCCCGCCGACGACCUCGGCCACCCGCUGUGCGACAACCUGCGCGCCGGCGACUGGCUGCCCGACUACACGUGGCGCCGCCUCGAGCGUCUGCCGCGUCUCGCGCCCGUCGCGGCCCGUAUCCGCGAGCUGCUGCGGCCGCUGGGCGCGCUGCCGCGCUUCCUGCAGCCCGCGUACUUCGAGGCGCUGCUGUCGGCGCUGCACCGCGUGGUGUCGCGCGCGGCGCUGGCGCGGCUCGGCGCGGAGGCGCGGCGCGGCGCGUUCCCCGCGGCGCUGGCGCUGGCCAGCGUGCAGCUGCUGGGCGCGGGCGGCGCGGGGCUGCCCGCCUGCUCGCCCGCGCUGCCGCCGCCGCGCCCGCCGCGGCACAGCCUGUCGGCGGGGCUGCCGCACUUCGCGGUGGGCUACAUGCGCUGCUGGGGCCGCGACACCUUCAUCUCGCUGCGCGGGCUGCUGCUGCUGACGGGGCGCUACGCGGACGCGCGGGCGCACAUCCUGGGCUUCGCGGCCUGUCUGCGCCACGGCCUCAUCCCCAACCUGCUGGACGGCGGCCACAACGCGCGGUACAACUGCCGCGACGCCGUCUGGUGGUGGCUGCAGAGCAUCAAGCAGUACUGCAGUGAGGCACCGCAAGGGCUGAGCCUGCUGUCGGAGCCGGUGUCGCGCCUGUUCCCCAAGGACGACGCCGAGCCCGCGCCGCCCGGAGCCGCCGACCAGCCGCUGCACGACGUCAUGCAGGAGGCGCUCGACGUGCACUUCCAGGGCCUCGUGUUCCGCGAGCGCAACGCCGGCCGCAGCAUCGACGCGCACAUGUCGGACAAGGGCUUCAACGUGCAGAUCGGAGUGGACCCCGAGACGGGCUUCCCGUUCGGCGGCAACGACGCCAACUGCGGCACCUGGAUGGACAAGAUGGGCUCGUCCGAGGCCGCCGGCAACCGCGGCAAGCCGGCCACCCCGCGCGACGGCAGCGCCGUGGAGCUGGUGGGGCUGGCCUACAGCGUGCUGAGCUGGCUGGCGGCGCAGCACCGCGGCGGCCGCUACCCCUACCCCGGCGUGGUGCGGCGCCACCGCGACGGCGCCCUCACGUCCUGGAGCUUCGCGCAGUGGGCCGAGCGCAUCCGGCACAACUUCGAGCGCUACUACUGGGUGCCGCCCGCGCCCUCCGCCGCCGACCUGCGCCCCGACCUCGUGCACCGCCGCGGCAUCUACAAGGACAGCCACGGCGCCUCGCGGCCCUGGGCCGACUACCAGCUGCGCUGCAACUUCCCCAUCGCCAUGGCCGUGGCGCCCGAGCUCUUCGACCCCAAGCACGCGUGGCAGGCGCUGGACGCCGUCGAGCGGCACCUGCUGGGCCCGCUCGGCCUCAAGACGCUGGACCCGGCCGACUGGGCCUACCGCGGCGACUACGACAACUCCAACUCGAGCGACGACCCCAGCGUCGCACACGGCUUCAACUACCACCAGGGCCCCGAGUGGGUGUGGCCCAUCGGCUUCUACCUGCGGGCGCGGCUCGCCUUCGCGCACGACUGCGGCCGCCACGCCCGCACCGUCGCCGCCUGCUACGCCGCGCUGGCGCCGCUGCUGGCCGAGCUGCGGGCCUCGCCCUGGCGCGGCCUGCCCGAGCUGUGCAACGCGGGCGGUUCCUACUGCGCCGACUCGUGCCGCACGCAGGCCUGGAGCGCCGCCACCGUGCUGGAGGCGCUGCACGAGCUGCAGGCCGCCCGCCGCGCCCGCCCGCUCGCCGCCGACUGACGCCGCCCGCGCCGCCUGCGCCACGCGGACGCGCCGCUGUACGCCGCGCCCUACGAGCCGCUGCGGCCCUCCCGCCUCGCGCGCCUGCGCCGCCUGCUGCGCCGCGCCGCCCGCGCGCCGCCUGUCCGCCUCCAUCCACAACCUGUUGC